AUGUCAAACAGUUCCUCUAACUCGUAUUCCUCUCUCAGCACACACCUGACCCAACCCAGUGACUCUCCCUCCCUGGAUUUCGGUCCCGGCGGAAACAUUCUCAAAGCUAUUAAUACCCCGAGCAGAAACACAGCUAUCCGUCGAGCUCGUCACGAAUCUUCCAAUCCCUACCCUCCUAGGAGCAGCUCCUUCUCAGGAUCUGAAAGCGUCCGCUCAUCAUCCAGCGAGACGGAGGACAACGUCGGGAUGUACUCCUUUGCGCCCACGCAAGGUGCCCUUCCUCAUGCUGCUGCUCCGUCAGACUACUCGAACUUGUUCGCUCGCCAAAACACUGCAGCGCCAUCAUCUCUUGAGGCCUCCCCAGGGGUUAAUGCAUUCCAAAGAAUGACGAUUGCCCCUGAGCAACAAGACCUUGAGCAGUUAGCCGUUAAUGUCCGUGCUGCUACUACAACGAGUGCCUCAGACCGUGCUAAGCACAUCUUUGUUCAAGCUUGGUUAAACGCCAACUAUGCACCCUAUCAAGAUGGGAAUGUCCCUCGGCAGGGCCUGUACCACUCGUAUCGUGCGGUAUGCGACGAGUACCGGAUCCCUCACGUGAAUACCGCCACACUUGGAAAGGCGAUCCGCCUUUGUUUCCCUGCUAUCAAAACCCGCCGCCUGGGUGUUAGGGGAAAUAGCAAGUAUCAUUAUUGCGGUAUCCGCCCUGCUACGGCAGCAGAGGCUGAGUGGCUCCAGGAUUUUAUCAAACGAUCAAACAAUAUCCGCCCUCAACAGAACUCUCGCCCGAGUUCCCAACAUUCUGGGCGUUCGUCCGCGACGGAGGACUCUCCUGAAGAUGAUGAUGAAGAUGGUGACGAGUCAGGAACUAACAGCAGCACUCCUGCAUCCCGUCUCGCCCCCGUCACAAGAAGCAUUUCAAAUGGGGGGAGGAAGAGCCCCAUCUUCUUCAACUCGCUUGAUGACAAGACUCCUACCGUGAGCGGAAACUUUUCCGUCGCUCAAAGCACCCUUCCGAACCACGUAAGCUCUAAUUAUCGUGGCGAAGCUCAGAUUCGCCGUCGUUCGCCUCAGGGCCUGCCUGGUGCACUGGGUCCAGGGAGUGUUGUUUCUUCCAACGUUCCUCCUCACAUGCGCAAUGGCCCCGUUGCUAGUCAGGCCGGCGUCGUCCCCCCUCCUACGUUUAACAGCAACCGUCCCAUGCAGAGCGUCCGCAUGCUCCCCAACUUCCCCAACAUCGAAGAAGCUAUUGGACAGCCUUCCUCGAGUCCUCAGGGUGUUGCAGCGAGGGAUUUGUGGACGUGGUUCGAGGCUCAUUUGGAUUCUCUGUUGGAGGCUGUGAGGAGCUUUAGGUUUGAUCGAUUCGAUAUGCUUUGGAGAACUUUUUGGAGUGGGUUGAGUUCCGAGCACAGAGAGAUUGCGCAUGCGCCUGCCGUUGCGGGGCUAAUGGCUAGAGCGGAUGCCAUUGUCUAUGAUGAAAUUCUUGAGAUAUUGCGAUCGCAAAUUUUGACGCAGAUUCCUCCUCCAACGUUGACGAGCCUGCGUUCCCUGGCCGAGAGGCUUGAACGAUCUAUGUUGGCUGCCCUUGAGGGGUAUGGUAAUACGUUCGUGGAGCCCAAGGUUGAACUUUGUGCACGUUUCGGCCACUUGCUUGUUCGUUUCCUCGACAUCUAUCAAGUCACUCAAGCCCUUUCUUCCGUCAUGUCGAUGUCGAACCCUCGCCAGCUCAUUGACAUGGCCCGAGCCUGGCGGGAAAUUGACUUCGAAUCAAUACGUAAUCAAGCUGCUCUCGUCUGUAACUGCCGUCACGAGGACCUUCAACAACUGCUUGAAGUCGAUUUUGCCCAGGUUCUCGAUGGCCUCCAGUCUAGCCUAGAUCCCGUCAAAGAUAUCAUGACUUGGGCAGAUUCAUGCUGCGAGAGGUUGCUUAAUGGGAGUGGCGGGAUUCUUGGGGAAGAGAGGGCUACGAUGAGCUCUAGGAGUUUGUUGAUUCGGUGGGGAUAUGUGACGAGUCAGAUCAUGCGCGAUUUGACAAUUCGCAGUGACCCUGCGUUUGGAGCAUUCCAGAUAUUGAAGCUAUUCAUGGAUGACUGGAUUGGCCUGAGUGUUCUGCGAACGGUUGCCUUGUCUACUAACUCGGUCGCGCAAUCCGUCGACCCGCUUCUGCAGCAACAGUUCCUCACACUAUCCCCUGCCAAUACUGGAUUCACUGGUGGGCUCGACAACUCAGCCACGAACGGAGGACAGCAUGUGGCUCAUAACGGACUAGGCGGUCCACAUGGCAAUCUACUCGCAUCUGCAAUGCACGAUCCGUUUGGUCCUUCCCCUUCCUCUUCAUAUCCAUAUGACUCACUGGGCUUUGGGCAUAUGGACACGACUGGAUCUGGCCCUGGUGGAGCGUCCGGCCUGGCAGGGUUUGGGGACUUCACUAAUGGGACAACUGCUGGUGCCGGUGCUCAUUAUGCGACGUUUGCCCCUCCCGAGGAUAUGUCCACCGCGAUCCCCGAGGAAAACAUUCCGCGUGAAAUCACCCCUAUUGUGGAUACUGAUAUGCCUCCGUCCGAUGGUGGCGUCCCUUCAUCCAAAAAUAGUGUGGAUAAUAGCGCCGGCGGGGAGAUAACCCAAGUUAAAACUGAAACUGUUUGA